CCUUCUUUCAUCUUCUUUUCAAUAAUUAUCAUUAUAAAAAUCCAAAAAAAAUAAAUAAAAAAAAAUAAAAAAAUGAGAAACAUAACCUUUUUAUUUUGUUUUUCCAUUUUAGUUGCCUUUGAAUUUGCCUCUACCAAUGCUAAGGCCGAGUUCUUUGAAUUGAAAAAGGGAAAUAUUACCUUGAAGCUCACAAAUUGGGGUGCAACUAUUGUCUCCUUGAUUAUUCCUGACAAAACUGGAAAGCCAGUCGAUGUUGUUCUCGGUUAUGACACCAUUGCAGAGUAUGAGAAAGACACUGAAUAUUUUGGAGCAACCGUAGGACGUGUUGCUAACAGAAUUGGAGGCGCUCAAUUCAAGCUGAACGGAAAAGUAUAUAAACUGGUUGCCAAUGAAGGCAAAAACACCAUUCAUGGUGGCCCAAAAGGAUUUUCUAAAGUUCUCUGGAAGGCUAUCAAGAACAAAAAAGAUGGCCCUACUCCUUCCAUUUCAUUUGCAUAUAACAGCCCUGACGGUGACCAAGGUUUUCCUGGAGCGAUUCGAGCUACAGUUACAUACUCGAUCAUUGCAGAUAACCAAUUCAGCAUAAUAAUGAAAGCCAAGAGUCUAGACAAAAAGCCAACCCCAGUGAGUCUAGCUCAACACACAUACUGGAAUUUAGCUGGCCAUAACAGUGGAGAUAUCUUAAACUCGAAACUCCAAAUCAAAGGACAGUUCUACACAGUUGUUGAUAAUGAUUUGAUCCCUACCGGUCAAAUUCUAUAUGCAAGAGGAACUGCUUAUGAUUUUACAGAAGAAUAUUAUGAACUUAAACCUGUUGGAAAAAGAAUCACUCUUCUUCCAAAUGGUUAUGACGUUAAUUAUGUUCUUGAUGCUUAUACUGACGCCAAGACACCAAUGAGAAUGGUAGCCAAUUUGCAGGAUGAGAAAACAGGAAUUAGAAUGGAUUUAAAUUCAAAUGCACCUGGCUUGCAAUUUUAUACAGCAAAUAAGCUCAACGAUGUUAAAGGAAAAGGAGGUGCUGUGUAUAAGAAACAUGCAGGUUUAUGCUUGGAGACUCAAUGGUAUCCUGAUUUCCCAAAUCACCCAACUUUCCCUCAGUCUAUUGUAGAGGGAGGAAAGGUUUAUAGGCAUGAAAUGAUGUUUAAUUUUACUUAUGUUUAGAACGAGAGAAAAAGAGAGAAAUAAGUGGGUGUCAGAUGUUAACGCUCACAAUUUUUUUUAAAUAAUUUAAUUGUGAAAAUGUUUUCAUUUAUAUGAUGAUUUAUUUUGUAUA